AUGUUGCUCUCCAUCUUCUUCAUCGGCUACCUCAUCUGUGAGGUCCCCUCAAACAUGUUGCUCACCCGUUCCCGGCCGUCCUACUACCUGCCGGGCAUUAUGGUUGUCUGGGGCACAGUCUGUGCCGUGAUGUCGGUUGUCAAGAAUUACGAAGGGAUGCUCGCCCUUCGGUUCUUUCUUGGAUGCAUCGAAGCUGGCUUCUUCCCAGGUGUCCUCUAUGUCAUGACAUGUUGGUACAAGAAGGCAGAAAUUGGUAAGCGGUUCUCGAUUUUUUACACCGCUUCAGUCUGCUCGGGCGCGGUGAGCGGCCUCCUGGCGGGUGCAAUCACCGGCAGUAUGGAAGGGGUCCGAGGCAUUCGCGGUUGGCGGUGGCUCUAUCUGAUCGAAGGGGUUUGCACGGUGGGAUUCGCCGUCAUCUUCAAGUUCGUCUUGCUCGACUUUCCGGAGACGACAAAACGCUUCUCAUUGGAGGAACGACAACUCGCCGUGGUCCGAAUGAUACAUGAUAGGCAGACGACGGCAGCCAGGCACAGCCAGCGCCUUACGCACUGGCAAUCCCUCAAGGCGGCUCUGGCCGAUCCACGGACGUACGUCUUUGUGGUGCUGUUCACGAUGGACCUGGGAUCCUGCACGAUCUCCUAUUUCAUCCCCACAAUCGUCAAGCAAAUGGGAUACACGUCGGUAAUGGCCCAGUACAUGACUAUCCCCAUCUGGAUGGUUGGCGCAGUUUUUUUGGUUGUGCUGUCUUAUACAGCAGACCGGACCAGAGACCGGCGAUGGCACAUCACGGGAUGUAUGUGUCUCAGCUUCGUCUGCACGAUCGUGUGCGUGACCGUGUCGGACCCCAAGGUCGUGUACGCCAUGCUGUGCUUCUACAUCGCCGGCCUCUACACGGCACUGCCGCUAAUGCUGAACUGGACCUCAGAGGUCAUUUCCCUCCCUGCGGAGAAGCGCGCAGUGGUCGUUGCCCUGGUCAACUCGGUCGGAAAUCUCUCGGCGGUCUACGGAAGUAGACUCUGGCCCUCGUCGGACGGGCCCCGGUUCACCAAGGGCUUUGCGACAACGGGCGCCUUCACCGGCUUCGGGACGCUGCUGGCCGCGCUAAUUCCCAUCAUAUUCUCGCAGCUGCCGAAGGAAGGCAACACCAAGGCUGAGCGAGAAAUUCUGGCACGCGAACAAGAGUUUGUCGAGAUUAGCCGAGUCCUUGGCGAAGUAUAA